GCGGGGUUUGCGCCUGCGCAGUGGGCGGCUUCGGGGGGUGGGGCAGGUUUAUAUUAGCCCCACAUCAGCUGACGCUCUGCAUUGCAGACGACGGAGUCACGCGGCGCCAUGUACUCUCUCUUCCUUCUGGCCGGCCUCCUGGGCUCGGCCUUCGCAGGCCCCGUCCUUGGCCUGAAAGAAUGCAGCAGAGGCUCGGCAGUGUGGUGCCAGAAUGUGAAGACGGCAGCUGACUGUGGGGCAGUGAGGCACUGCCUACAGACCGUCUGGAACAAGCCAACAGUGAAAUCCCUUCCAUGCGAUGUAUGCAAAGAUGUUAUCACAGCAGCUGGCGACAUGCUGAAGGACAAUGCCACUGAGGAGGAGAUCCUUACGUACUUGGAGAAGACCUGUGACUGGCUUCCUAAACCGAACAUGUCUGCCUCGUGCAAGGAUAUAGUUGACUCCUACCUCCCUGUAAUCCUGGACAUGAUUAAAGGACAGAUGAGCCGUCCUGGGGAGGUGUGCUCUGCUCUCAACCUCUGUGAGUCUCUUCAGAAGCACUUGGCAGAGCUGAAUCACAAGAAGCAGCUUGAGUCUAAUAAGAUCCCGGAACUGGACAUGACUGAGGUGGUGGCUCCCUUCAUGGCCAACAUCCCUCUUCUGCUCUACCCUCAGGAUGGCCCCAAUAGCAAGCCCCAACCAAAGGAUGAUGGGAACGUUUGCCAGGACUGCAUUCAGAUGGUGACUGACAUUCAGAAUGCUGUAAGGACCAAUUCCACCUUUGUGGAGGCCUUGGUGGAGCACUUCAAGGAGGAGUGUGACCGGCUGGGGCCUGGCAUGUCUGACAUGUGCAAGAAUUAUAUCAACCAGUAUUCUCAAAUUGCUGUCCAAAUGAUGAUGCAUAUGCAACCCCAGGAGAUUUGUAAGCUGGUUGGAUUCUGUGAUGAGGUGAAGAAAACGCCUAUGCAGGCUCUGAUUCCUGCCAAAGUGGCCGAGAACAUCAUCCCUGCGCUGGAACUGGUGGAGCCUGUUAAGGAAGACCUGGUCCAGGUGAAGGUCAAUGUGUACUGUGAGGUGUGUGAAUACGUGAUAAAGGAGGUGGUCAAGCUCAUUGACAACAACAAGACUGAGGAAGAAAUAAUCCAUGCGUUGGAGAAGGUAUGCUCCAAGUUGCCCACGUCCUGGUCAGAAGAGUGCCAGGAGGUGGUGGACACAUACGGCGGCUCCAUCCUGUCCAUCCUCCAGGACACCAGCCCUGAGCUGGUGUGCAGCAUGCUCCACCUCUGCUCUAGCACAGGGGUUCCUGCACUGACUGCACAUGUGACUCAAGUGAAGGACGGUGGCUUCUGUGAAGUGUGCAAGAAGCUGGUUAAUUAUUUGGAUAAAAAUCUGGAGAAAAACAGCACCAAGGAAGAGAUCCUGGCUGCUCUCGAGAAAGGCUGCAGCUUCCUGCCUGACCCUUACCUGAAGCAGUGUGACCAGUUUGUGACUGAGUACGAGCCUGUGCUGAUAGAGAUCCUGGUAGAGGUGAUGGACCCUUCCUUCGUGUGCUUGAAAAUUGGAGCCUGCCCCUCAGCCAGUAAGCCCCUUUUGGGAACUGAAAAGUGUGUCUGGGGCCCAGGCUAUUGGUGCCAGAAUGCGGCGACAGCGGCUCAGUGCAACGCCGUUGAGCAUUGCAAACGUCAUGUGUGGAACUAGAAGGAGUAUUUCAUCUUGCAGAAACCGCAGCAUCUUUUCCUACUUGUGUGUCUGGGAGAGUGAACACACAGAUCUAUCUGACUUUGUUAUGAAACUAGGACCCGCCCCUGCAGCACCCCUCCAUUUCUACCCGCCUUUGUUGCAUUGCUGUCUGUGUGAGAGGCGCUAGCCCCUGCUGACAAUGUUGCUGCUUUGGUGUCCUUUUUCUCUACUCGAUGAUGAUGUAAUUUGCACUGGAGGUUUUCUAGCCUGCCCUUGCUUGGCACCGGGGGAGGAAAAGGGCCUCUGGAGCUGGCAUGAGCCACAGCUUCUUGACAGUAGUCUUGUUCUGAGCCCUGACAGGUACUCGGGCACUAGUGGGCUUGGGCUUCUGAGGCUUCCUCCUACUCUAAAAGAAAGACUCUCUCCCCCCUCCUGGGCCUGUCAGCUGCUUUACAAAGCAGCAAAACAAAGGCAGUUUUAUAUGAAAGAGUUAGAAGCUCAGAAUCAGGCUUUUUGAAUAAUGUAAUUCUCAUUGUAAUAGCACAGAGACUUUCAAAGCAGCUGUUGGUGGCUCAGGGGACGUUAGUGGAACAGAGACUUGAUGUUCUUGGGUCAACCUUUGACUCAACUUUUCCUGUGUCUUUCCUGGUGAUGGUUUUGGUUCUGUGAGUUUGGGUGGGAAGGGGGACGUCCGCCUGAAUGUAACCUGCUAGCUCUGUAGGGGCUCCAGCGAGCCUGGCUUGUGUGUGAGUGUGUGAACAUUGGUGACUGCAUUGUGCCUGUUCAUGUCCACCCAGCUGCUGAGGCCCUGCUUAGCUCUGCAUCUCUCCUCCCAUCUUAAAGAUGCUCUUUGGGCCUUUCAUUUCAAAUAAAUGUGGAUGACAAGCUCCUAAGCCUCUGGCUUCCUGGUAGAGGGUGACAAGGUGAGGGGUCUGUGGGUGUGGGAGUGGAUACUGUCUGGGGUCAGGGCUGCUGCACGUUUGGCCACUGAAGCUUUGGUUCUACUUCUGGUUGCUGGGAGACAGCAAGCAAAGCCAGCAAGACAUGCAGUUGCUAUUAAAUGGACUUGAUGAUUUUUGUUUGUUUUGCACUAAAGUUUCUGUGACUUAACAAUAAAGGUCUGUUAACCAGA